AGAAAUAAAAAUGUUUAACAUCAUUUAUAAAUUACUAUGGAAACUAUCAUUCUUAUUUACAAAAUGUUUAAUUCCAUAUGAAUUUCAUGAAAAUUCAUUUUAUUACUUAUAUUCAAUUCGUUAUGUUAUGUAUAUUAAUAAGUAGUAUAGAAAUAAAUGUAAAAGAAUUCAACAAUCUUGAUAAUGUAAUCAAUAAUCAUAAUGAUAAUAAUGAUCCUGAUCCUGAUCCUGAUCAUGAUAAUGAUCCUGAUCAUCAUGAUGAUGUAAUGAAUAAUGGUAUCAAUGAUAUAAUGAAAGUAUUAGAAACUGUAAAUAAUCUAUCUAUUCAUGAAUAUACAUCUAUGAAUGAUCAUGUUUCUGAUAAAGAAAAUACUAUGGAAUUGAUACGUUAUCCACGUUCAAUUUCAUUGAAUUCAACAACAGACUAUAAUACUGAAUAUCAAACUAUACCAUGUUAUUUUCAAUGUAUUUUAAGAUUAAAUAAAAAUAAACAAGAAAUUAGAAAAAUUUCUAAAAUAAUAUUUCAUGUAUCUCAUCAAAAAAUUGCUAUAUUAGAUUGUUUGAAUUCUUCUACGAUGACAACGACGGCGACGACGACGACGACAACAGCAACAAUGAAUUCGACAUCGACUUCAUCGAUCAUAAAUAAUCCAUGGAAUCAAUCAAUUAUGAGUCAAUGUGUUACACAUUUUACUAAACGUUUAUUACAUAUCAUUAUUGGUACAUUAACGAAUCAUUUUAAUAUGGAAUGGUUUAUUAUUACUUCAAAUCAAUUCAGUAGUAGUAUAUAUCAUUCUAUACAAAGUUAUAUUCAACCAACUACUGAUUUAUAUUUAACAUUAACUAUACCAAUUUAUCGUUUAGAUAGAGAUGAUUUCAAUCUAUUCUCUACAUGGUUAAGAUAUAUAUCCAUUGAUGGUAAACAAUUACGUUAUAUAGAUGUAAUGCUUAUAGCUAAUUUAUCAUUAGAUUAUUUUAUAUUACAAGAUUGUAUAAGAAAUGAUGAGAUUAUUAUGAAUCCCUUAGUAACAACAUUACCAGAUUCACGUAUAGAAUUAUAUAAUGAUUAUUAUACAAAUUGUUUAAUCUAUUGGAUAUAUACAUGUCCAAAUUAUUCACAAUUUAUUAUUAUAGCUGAUAGAAAAACCCAUAAACAUUAUUGUAAAACAAUGAUAAAUCCUAUGGAAUCAUCUACAAUGAAAUUAUCUACGAAACAAUCAAUGAUUAAGAAGUUACGAACAAAACGAUCCAUAAAAAAACAUGAUCCAUCUAAAUUAUCAAUGAUUCCUGAUUCGUAUGGAAGAACAACAACAACAUCACCACCACCACCAACACCACCACCACCAACAACAACAACAACAGCGACAACACCCUCAUUGUUGACAACAUCUUCAACUGAAAUUUGGCAUAGUAACCAAUCUAAAAUGAUUAAUCAUUCAAAUAUUUCCACCAUAAUAAACCAUCAAACAUUAUUAUCUACUAUGAAAGAUUGUAUUUUAUUAGAAGAUUAUAUAAAACAAUAUAUAAAUGAUAAAUGUGAACAAAAAAUCACAUGGUUACUAAAUAUGUUAACUAUACUACUUAUUAUAUUAUUAAUCAUGAUUAUUAUUGUAAUUGGUUUAUUAUUAUUAUUUAGUUAUUUUAUAAAACAAUAUUUAUUAUUACAACAUGAAACUAAGAUAAGAUGAAUUUGAAGGAGUAUGGUUACUAAGUUUAUUUUUGAAUGAAUCAAUAAAAGACACAAAGGGGGUGUACAGUUUCUAUGCAACAUUACAAACAUCAAACAUUUUCUAUCAUGGGAUAAAUGAUUACAAUCAUAUUAUGUUUCAUCUAUGGAUAUAAGAGUGUUUUAAUCGAUCUAGUUUUGUUUUUUUUCUUUUGUUUAUUGAUUAAAUAUAAUUAUAUAUUUAACUACUCAUAA